AUUUCCGCACAUAAUAAUGUUGGCCACCAGACUAAGCGGCAGAUACAGGAAUUUUGGAAUUUUUGUGCUGUGAUCAUACUUUGGUACUUAAUACUGGCUGGAUCCAGUAGAGUGGCUAUUUGUACACACACCAAAUAGUGUUAAGGAUCAGAAGUGCCGGCGAAGUGUAAUUUAAAUCUACACCAACAAGAACAGACGGAAGUGGAGAAAUUAUGUGCCGCAUAACAUCAUUAAUAGUGGUUGCACUCGUGCUUGGAUCGUGUCAAGCAAGAACAGUUCCAAUUCGUAGCAAACAAGCAGUGAAAGCAUACUCGUACGUGCUGCCAGCCGGUGCCGAGGAAAUACGUGAUGACAUUAACCAUUCAUUUGUGUGUGCGAAUCGAACCGACGGAUUCUACGUUGACAUUGAUAAUGACUGUCAGAUUUUUCAUCGAUGCCAAGACCGGGCCCGCUUCAGUUUCAUUUGUGCUGAGAAAACCGUCUUCAGCCAAAUGUACCAAACCUGCGUGCACGAUGGCCAUCUAGGAUUCCCGUGUGAGGAUUCGGCUUCAUUCUUUCCGGAUUCCGAAGGAAAUACUAACACAAAAAGCGAAAACACCGGUGAUGCUGGAAAACUUUCUACUCAAACUAGUACGGUUGCUUCAAUUCCUUCCCAGGAGCUGGUUGCUCCGGAGGAAUCACAAAAACCGGACGCUACUGACGCGGCUGACGAUGAACAACCAGCCGGUUCGGUAUUAAUGCCGGUUAGUGACAAUUUCUUCAAUGUCAUCGAUAAUCAUCAAUUGAAUGCCGACACUUUCGAUCCGGUUGAGGAAAGUGAAAGUGAGAACACUGCUCAAGAAGUGAUAGAUCAAGCGGACGAUUCUUCCACCGCGUCUGAAAAUCAAGCUACUUUAGAAAUUACAGAUAGCACACAGGAAGUGGAAAUCAGUGACGAGGAUCGAGAGGCCGACAACCAUGACAAAGAAUCGAAACUAGAAGAAGAAAAUACACAAAAUCCUGCAACCAACGAGAUUGUUCUGGAUAACAACGAUAAGCAAGUAGUCAGCGGUAGUGCCGAUGAAUCUUUGGAUGAUUCACAAUCGUCAUUGCAGAACAAUAUCCAAACCGUAGAAGAACCUGAACCCAUAAUUCAUGACUUCCAAGAAGUAGAACUAGCUGCAUCGAGCUUGAAUACCAACGAUGAAGUGGUGACUGAUUUAAUUAAUACGAAACCGUUGGAUACAACGGAUGUCGCAAUUAUUGUGACAGAGCCGGAAAUAAAUUCAAUUAAUGAUGGAUUUGUACAUCAGCCUCAUUUGGAUAAUUCCGUUACCAAAAUCGAACCUAAUGACGACAGUGAAGAAGAAAGCGAACAGAAGGUUGGUGAACUGUUUAAUGUAGAAAGUUCGAUUGACGAACACAAAAACAACCCCGCGAAUGAACCAGUUGCGGAAGUACUGAAACCGGAAGAAACUGAACAAUCAACAUCGGUAGUGGCAACUGCAUCGCAAGCAGCGAACCAUCAAACAUCAAACGAAAUUCAUCCUUUGAUAGCGGCCACACUUGCCGAGCGACUUGCAGCAGAGCCAUCAAGAAUCAAUCUACCCGAAUUCAUCGUCUCAACGGUGGCAGAUCUCCGGAAAGGUGUCCCUUCGCCAGCACUGCGUCGAAGGAAGACGUUCCUUUUCAAAGCCGAUGCAAUUUCCACGUGAUGAACGGUGACAACGGCGGGGAGGUUCUCUUUCGCUGGCCGCAAUCUUGUGAACCAACCACCACCGUAGGUCGUCUCCCCGAGAGGCAUUGAUAGUGUAUUAGAUUUAAGUAAACUAAUUUAUUAGCGCUCGAGAAAAUAAAGUCUGGUAUCAAAUCAAUCAAAGUCGAAUCUUCUGUGAUGCCUACCGAGGUCAGGUUUACUAUUUCGGAUGCAAUGAUUUGAUUUAUUUGAUAUGACGGGGCAGUCACCAUGAAAUCA